AUGAGACAAGUGUUGGUGUUGCUGGUGGCAGCAUGUCUGCUCAGCGAGGUGCUCUCGGCUCCAGCCGCGGAGAAGCGCAUCCGUCGUAACAUGAUUCGCGGACGACCACGUGGCGGUAUGAAGAAGACACCACCGAUGUCCUCCGUCGAACAUCUCAUCAACAAGGACACCGUCGUCUCCUCGACCUUCACCCAAACCCUCGACCACUUCGAUUCCUCCAACACGAAGACGUUCCAACAGAGAUAUUACCAUAACAACCAAUGGUACAAGGACGGUGGACCAGCAUUCUUGAUGCUCGGAGGAGAGGGACCGGAAUCCAGCUACUGGGUUUCUUAUCCUGGACUCGAGAUCACCAACUUGGCCGCUAAGCAAGGAGCCUGGGUGUUCGAUAUUGAGCACAGAUUCUAUGGAGAGACCAAGCCAACUAGCGACAUGUCCGUCCCCAACCUCAAAUACCUUUCAUCUGCUCAAGCCAUCGAAGACGCCGCCACCUUCAUCAAGGCAAUGACUCUCAAGUAUCCACAACUCAAGAACGCCAAAUGGGUGACAUUCGGAGGAUCGUACUCCGGAGCCUUGGCUGCCUGGACCCGCGCCAAGCAUCCAGAACUUGUCUACGCCGCCGUUGGAUCCAGUGGACCAGUUCAGGCUGAGGUUGACUUCAAGGAGUACCUCGAAGUGGUUCAAAACUCGAUCACCCGCAACUCCACCGCCUGCGCCGCUAGCGUCACCGCCGGAUUCAACCUGGUUGCUCAGCUUUUGCAAACCACCGAUGGUCGUAAGCAAUUGAAGACUGCCUUCCACACCUGCCAAGACAUCCAACUCGACGACAAGAACCUCAAGUACUUCUGGGAGACCGUCUACUCGCCAUACAUGGAAAUCGUUCAGUACUCUGGCGACGCCGCUGGAGCUUUUGCCACCCAACUCACAAUCUCCAACGCCAUCUGCAAGUACCAUCUGAAUGCCAAGACUGACACCUUGACCAAGAUGAAACAAGUCAACGACUACUUCAACCUGGUUCAGGAGUACUAUGGAUGCAAUGAUAUCAACUACCAAGCAUUCAUCGACUUCAUGGCUGACACUAGCUUCGGUUACGCUCAAUCCGACCGCGCCUGGGUCUGGCAGACAUGCACCGAAUUCGGAUACUAUCAAUCCACGUCAUCAGCCACCGCUGGUCCAUGGUUCGGUGGAAAUGCCAAUCUUCCUGCUCAAUAUUAUAUUGACGAGUGUACUGCCAUCUAUGGAGGAGCUUAUAACAGUCAGGAGGUGCAGACAGCUGUGGACUACACUAAUCAGUAUUACGGUGGAAGAGAUGGUCUGACGACGUCUCGUAUCUUGUUGCCAAAUGGAGAUAUCGAUCCAUGGCAUGCACUUGGAAAGUUGACAAGCUCCACGGCUGAUAUUGUGCCAGUUGUUAUCAAUGGAACCGCCCAUUGUGCCGAUAUGUACGGUGCCUCUUCCCAUGACAGCAUCUACCUGACCAACGCUCGUCAGAAGAUUUCCGACGUUUUGGAUGGAUGGCUUCAUGCUUAG